UGGAAAUAAAGAUAUUGACGCACUUAUUAAAAAAACAAAGAAGGAAUCAUUAAGUUGUGAUGGUUUUAUUGAAUGGAUACCAAUUUUUAAUAUUGAGUAUAUAAAACCACUCGAACAGGGUGGAUGUUCAAAAAUAUAUUUAGGUAUAUGGAAACCAUUCAAAUCAAAAAAUAAAACUAUUAACAAACAGAAACUUCCAAAUUUGAAUGUCGUUUUGAAAGUUUUGAAAAAUUCACAGGAUUUUAACGAUAAAUUUCUCAAUGAAAUAGCCCAACAUUCAUUUGAAGACUCUAAUAGUGAUUAUGCUGAUAAUUAUGAAAAAGAUAAAAGAUAUACAACUCAAAAAUACAAUUUUACUUAUAAUG